AUGAUCACUGACAUCAAGGAUCCAGGCUCAGAUGUAGAUCCUGCUAUUAAAGCUUGUGCCAGCGAGGCGUCCGGUUCGUGGUCGUCGGCGUCUGACUCGAGUGAUGGCGACAGCGGUUCGUUGAGUUGGGACAAGCCCCACUCACCCUGGUACCCGCACUACCACCCGGGACCCAAGGCUAAAGGCGGCGACGAAAAAGGGCACACUCCGAAUUGGAAGCCGGAACCCGAAACGGAAAGUCCUGCAGUUGAAUCGCCAAGCGAUGAUGGGUCAGGAAGCGAUAACGGCUCUCCGAGCGAUGAUGGUUCACCAAGUGAUGAUGGCUCGCCAAGUGAUGAUGGAUCAGGGAGCAAUAAUGGCUCCCCAAGUGAUGAUGGUUCGCCAAGCGAUGAUGGUUCACCAAGUGACGACGGCUCGCCAAGUGAUGAUGGAUCAGGAAGCAAUAAUGGCUCCCCAAGUGAUGAUGGCUCUCCAAGUGAUGAUGGUUCACCAAGUGAUGAUGGUUCGCCAAGUGAUGAUGGAUCAGGAAGCGAUAAUGGCUCUCCAAGUGAUGAUGGUUCACCAAGUGAUGAUGGUUCACCAAGUGAUGAUGGCUCGCCAAGUGAUGAUGGAUCAGGAAGCAAUAAUGGCUCGCCAAGUGAUGAUGGCUCACCGAGUGAUGAUGGUUCACCAAGUGAUGAUGGUUCACCAAGUGACGACGGCUCGCCAAGUGAUGAUGGAUCAGGAAGCAAUAAUGGAUCCCCAAGUGAUGAUGGCUCACCAAGUGAUGAUGGUUCACCAAGUGAUGACGGCUCUCCAAGUGAUGAUGGAUCAGGAAGCAAUAAUGGCUCCCCAAGUGAUGAUGGCUCUCCAAGUGAUGAUGGUUCACCAAGUGAUGAUGGAUCAGGAAGCAAUAAUGGCUCCCCAAGUGAUGAUGGCUCUCCAAGUGAUGAUGGUUCACCAAGUGACGACGGCUCGCCAAGUGAUGAUGGAUCAGGAAGCAAUAAUGGCUCUCCAAGUGAUGAUGGUUCGCCAAGUGACGACGGCUCGCCAAGUGAUGAUGGAUCAGGAAGCAAUAAUGGCUCCCCAAGUGAUGAUGGCUCACCAAGUGAUGAUGGUUCACCAAGUGACGACGGCUCGCCAAGUGAUGAUGGAUCAGGAAGCAAUAAUGGCUCCCCAAGUGAUGAUGGCUCCACAAGUGAUGAUGGUUCUCCAAGUGAUGAUGGCUCGCCAAGUGAUGAUGGAUCAGGAAGCAAUAAUGGCUCCCCAAGUGAUGAUGGCUCACCAAGUGAUGAUGGUUCACCAAGUGACGACGGCUCGCCAAGUGAUGAUGGAUCAGGAAGCAAUAAUGGCUUCCCAAGUGAUGAUGGCUCCCCAAGUGAUGAUGGUUCUCCAAGUGAUGAUGGCUCGCCAAGUGAUGAUGGAUCAGGAAGUGAUAACGGCUCUCCAAGCGAUGAUGGCUCUCCAAGUGAUGAUGGCUCUCCUAGUGAUGAUGGCUCUCCAAGUGAUGAUGGUUCACCAAGUGACGAUGGCUCGCCAAGUGAUGAUGGAUCAGGAAGCAAUAAUGGCUCCCCAAGUGAUGAUGGCUCACCAAGUGAUGAUGGAUCAGGAAGUGAUAACAGCUCUCCAAGCGAUGAUGGCUCGCCAAGUGAUGAUGGCUCUCCAAGUGAUGAUGGCUCUCCAAGUGAUGAUGGUUCACCAAGUGACGAUGGCUCGCCAAGUGAUGAUGGAUCAGGAAGCAAUAAUGGCUCACCAAGUGAUGAUGGCUCACCAAGUGACGACGGCUCGCCAAGUGAUAAUGGCUCGGGAAGCGAUAUUGGCUCUCCAAGCGAUGAUGGUUCACCAAGUGAUGAUGGCUCCCCAAGUGAUGAUGGCUCGCCAAGUAAUGAUGGGUCAGGAAGCAAUAAUGGCUCCCCAAGUGAUGAUGGCUCUCCAAGUGAUGAUGGUUCACCAAUUGACGACGGCUCGCCAAGUGAUGAUGGAUCAGGAAGCAAUAAUGGCUCCCCAAGUGAUGAUGGCUCCCCAAGUGAUGAUGGUUCACCAAGUGACGACGGCUCGCCAAGUGAUGAUGGAUCAGGAAGCAAUAAUGGCUCUCCAAGUGAUGAUGGCUCCCCAAGCGAUGAUGGUUCACCAAGUGAUGAUGGUUCACCAAGUGACGACGGCUCGCCAAGUGAUGAUGGAUCAGGAAGCAAUAAUGGCUCCCCAAGCGAUGAUGGUUCACCAAGUGAUGAUGGCUCCCCAAGUGAUGAUGGUUCACCAAGUGAUGAUGGCUCGCCAAGUGAUGAUGGAUCGGGAAGCAAUAAUGGCUCCCCAAGCGAUGAUGGUUCACCAAGUGAUGAUGGCUCCCCAAGUGAUGAUGGUUCACCAAGUGAUGAUGGCUCGCCAAGUGAUGAUGGAUCGGGAAGCAAUAAUGGCUCCCCAAGCGAUGAUGGUUCACCAAGUGAUGAUGGCUCUCCAAGUGAUGAUGGUUCACCAAGUGACGACGGCUCGCCAAGUGAUGAUGGAUCAGGAAGCAAUAAUGGCUCCCCAAGUGAUGAUGGCUCACCAAGUGAUGAUGGCUCUCCAAGUGAUGAUGGUUCACCAAGUGACGACGGCUCGACAAGUGAUGAUGGAUCAGGAAGCAAUAAUGGCUCCCCAAGUGAUGAUGGCUCACCAAGUGACGACGGCUCGCCAAGUGACGAUGGAUCAGGAAGCAAUAAUGGCUCUCCAAGUGAUGAUGGCUCUCCAAGUGAUGAUGGCUCACCAAGUGACGACGGCUCGCCAAGUGACGAUGGAUCAGGAAGCAAUAAUGGCUCUCCAAGUGAUGAUGGCUCCCCAAGCGAUGAUGGUUCACCAAGUGAUGAUGGUUCACCAAGUGACGACGGCUCGCCAAGUGAUGAUGGAUCAGGAAGCAAUAAUGGCUCACCAAGUGAUGAUGGCUCGCCAAGUGAUGAUGGUUCACCAAGUGACGACGGCUCGCCAAGUGAUGAUGGAUCAGGGAGCAAUAAUGGCUCUCCAAGUGACGAUGGCUCACCAAGUGAUGAUGGUUCGCCAAGUGACGACGGCUCGCCGAGUGAUGAUGGGUCAGGAAGCGAUAACGGCUCUCCAAGCGAUGAUGGUUCACCAAGUGAUGAUGGCUCGCCAAGUGAUGAUGGAUCAGGAAACAAUAAUGGCUCCCCAAGUGAUGAUGGCUCACCAAGUGAUGAUGGCUCUCCAAGUGAUGAUGGUUCACCAAGUGAUGAUGGCUCGCCAAGUGAUGAUGGGUCAGGAAGCAAUAAUGGCUCUCCAAGUGAUGAUGGUUCACCAAGUGACGACGGCUCGCCAAGUGAUGAUGGAUCAGGAAGCAAUAAUGGCUCCCCAAGUGAUGAUGGCUCACCAAGUGAUGAUGGUUCACCAAGUGAUGAUGGCUCGCCAAGUGAUGAUGGAUCUGGAAGCAAUAAUGGCUCCCCAAGCGAUGAUGGCUCACCAAGUGAUGAUGGUUCACCAAGUGAUGAUGGCUCGCCAAGUGAUGAUGGAUCAGGAAGCAAUAAUGGCUCUCCAAAUGACAAUGGUUCGCCAAGUGAUGAUGGUUCACCAAGUGAUGAUGGCUCGCCAAGUGAUGACGGGUCAGGAAGCGAUAACGGCUCUCCAAGCGAUGAUGGUUCACCAAGUGACGAUGGUUCACCAAGUGAUGGUGGCUCGCCAAGUGAUGAUGGAUCUGGAAGCAAUAAUGGCUCCCCAAGCGAUGAUGGCUCACCAAGUGAUGAUGGUUCACCAAGUGAUGAUGGCUCGCCAAGUGAUGAUGGAUCAGGAAGCAAUAAUGGCUCUCCAAGUGACGAUGGUUCGCCAAGUGAUGAUGGUUCACCAAGUGAUGAUGGCUCGCCAAGUGAUGAUGGAUCAGGAAGCAAUAAUGGCUCUCCGAGUGACGAUGGUUCGCCAAGUGAUGAUGGCUCGCCAAGUGAUGACGGGUCAGGAAGCGAUAACGGCUCUCCAAGUGAUGAUGGCUCACCAAGUGAUGACGGUUCCCCAAGUGAUGAUGGUUCACCAAGUGACGACGGCUCGCCGAGUGAUGAUGGAUCAGGAAGCAAUAAUGGGUCCCCAAGCGAUGAUGGUUCACCAAGUGAUGAUGGUUCACCAAGUGAUGAUGGCUCGCCAAGUGAUGAUGGAUCAGGAAGCGAUAAUGGCUCCCCAAGCGAUGAUGGUUCACCAAGUGAUGAUGGCUCACCAAGUGACGACGGCUCGCCAAGUGAUGAUGGAUCUGGAAGCAAUAAUGGCUCUCCAAGUGAUGAUGGCUCGCCAAGUGAUGAUGGAUCAGGAAGCAAUAAUGGCUCCCCAAGUGAUGAUGGCUCACCAAGUGAUGAUGGCUCGCCAAGUGAUGAUGGUUCACCAAGUGACGACGGCUCGCCAAGUGAUGAUGGGUCAGGAAGCGAUAACGGCUCUCCAAGCGAUGAUGGUUCACCAAGUGAUGAUGGAUCAGGAAGCAAUAAUGGCUCGCCAAGUAAUGAUGGCUCACCUAGUGAUGAUGGCUCUCCAAGUGAUGAUGGCUCGCCAAGUGAUGAUGGAUCAGGAAGCAAUAAUGGCUCUCCAAGUGACGAUGGUUCGCCAAGUGAUGAUGGUUCACCAAGUGAUGAUGGCUCACCAAGUGAUGAUGGAUCAGGAAGCAAUAAUGGCUCUCCAAGUGACGAUGGUUCGCCAAGUGAUGAUGGUUCACCAAGUGAUGAUGACUCGCCAAGUGAUGACGGGUCAGGAAGCGAUAACGGCUCUCCAAGUGAUGAUGGUUCACCAAGUGAUGACGGUUCGCCAAGUGAUGAUGGUUCACCAAGUGACGACGGCUCGCCGAGUGAUGAUGGAUCAGGAAGCAAUAAUGGUUCCCCAAGCGAUGAUGGUUCACCAAGUGAUGAUGGCUCCCCAAGUGAUGAUGGUUCACCAAGUGAUGAUGGCUCGCCAAGUGAUGAUGGAUCAGGAAGCGAUAAUGGCUCCCCAAGCGAUGAUGGUUCACCAAGUGAUGAUGGCUCACCAAGUGAUGAUGGUUCACCAAGUGACGACGGCUCGCCAAGUGAUGAUGGAUCUGGAAGCAAUGAUGGCUCUCCAAGUGAUGAUGGCUCACCAAGUGAUGAUGGCUCGCCAAGUGAUGAUGGAUCAGGAAGCAAUAAUGGCUCCCCAAGUGAUGAUGGCUCACCAAGUGAUGAUGGCUCUCCAAGUGAUGAUGGUUCACCAAGUGACGACGGCUCGCCAAGUGAUGAUGGGUCAGGAGGCGAUAACGGCUCUCCAAGCGAUGAUGGUUCACCAAGUGAUGAUGGCUCGCCAAGUGAUGAUGGAUCAGGAAGCAAUAAUGGCUCCCCAAGUGAUGAUGGCUCACCAAGUGAUGAUGGUUCACCAAGUGACGAUGGCUCGCCAAGUGAUGAUGGGUCAGGAAGCGAUAACGGCUCUCCAAGCGAUGAUGGUUCACCAAGUGAUGAUGGCUCGCCAAGUGAUGAUGGAUCAGGAAGCAAUAAUGGCUCGCCAAGUGAUGAUGGCUCACCAAGUGAUGAUGGCUCUCCAAGUGAUGAUGGUUCACCAAGUGACGACGGCUCGCCAAGUGAUGAUGGAUCAGGAAGCAAUAUUGGCUCCCCAAGUGAUGAUGGCUCACCAAGUGAUGAUGGCUCUCCAAGUGAUGAUGGUUCACCAAGUGAAGACGGCUCGCCAAGUGAUGAUGGGUCAGGAGGCGAUAACGGCUCUCCAAGCGAUGAUGGUUCACCAAGUGAUGAUGGCUCGCCAAGUGAUGAUGGAUCAGGAAGCAAUAAUGGCUCCCCAAGUGAUGAUGGUUCACCAAGUGACGAUGGCUCGCCAAGUGAUGAUGGGUCAGGAAGCGAUAACGGCUCUCCAAGCGAUGAUGAUUCACCAAGUGAUGAUGGCUCGCCAAGUGAUGAUGGAUCAGGAAGCAAUAAUGGCUCCCCAAGUGAUGAUGGCUCACCAAGUGAAGAUGGUUCACCAAGUGACGACGGCUCGCCAAGUGAUAAUGGAUCAGGAAGCAAUAAUGGCUCACCAAGUAAUGAUGGCUCUCCAAGUGAUGAUGGUUCACCAAGUGAUGAUGGGUCAGGAAGCGAUAAUGGCUCCCCAAGUGAGGACGGCUCCCCAAGUGAUGAUGGCUCGCCAAGUGAUGAUGGAUCAGGAAGCAAUAAUGGGUCUCCAAGUGACGAUGGCUCACCAAGUGAUGAUGGGUCAGGAAGCGAUAAUGGCUCCCCAAGUGAUGAUGGCUCGCCAAGUGAUGAUGGCUCGCCAAGUGAUGAUGGAUCAGGAAGCAAUAAUGGCUCACCAAGUGAUGAUGGCUCUCCAAGUGAUGAUGGCUCCCCAAGUGAUGAUGGCUCGCCAAGUGAUGAUGGAUCAGGAAGCAAUAAUGGGUCUCCAAGUGACGAUGGCUCACCAAGUGACGAUGGCUCACCAAGUGAUGAUGGUUCACCAAGUGACGACGGGUCGCCAAGUGAUGAUGGAUCAGGAAGCAAUAAUGGCUCCCCAAGUGAUGAUGGCUCACCAAGUGAUGAUGGCUCGCCAAGUGAUGACGAGUCAGGAAGCAAUAAUGGCUCACCAAGUGAUGAUGGCUCUCCAAGUGAUGAUGGCUCCCCAAGUGAUGAUGGCUCGCCAAGUGAUGAUGGAUCAGGAAGCAAUAAUGGGUCUCCAAGUGACGAUGGCUCGCCAAGUGAUGAUGGCUCACCAAGUGACGACGGCUCGCCAAGUGAUGAUGGAUCAGGAAGCAAUAAUGGCUCCCCAAGUGAUGAUGGCUCACCAAGUGAUGAUGGCUCGCCAAGUGAUGACGGGUCAGGAAGCAAUAACGGCUCUCCAAGCGAUGAUGGUUCACCAAGUGACGAUGGCUCGCCAAGUGAUGAUGGAUCAGGAAGCAAUAAUGGCUCCCCAAGCGAUGAUGGCUCACCAAGUGAUGCUGGUUCACCAAGUGAUGAUGGCUCGCCAAGUGAUGACGGGUCAGGAAGCAAUAAUGGCUCACCAAGUGAUGAUGGCUCUCCAAGUGAUGAUGGCUCCCCAAGUGAUGAUGGCUCGCCAAGUGAUGAUGGAUCAGGAAGCAAUAAUGGGUCUCCAAGUGACGAUGGCUCGCCAAGUGAUGAUGGCUCACCAAGUGAUGAUGGUUCACCAAGUGACGACGGCUCGCCAAGUGAUGAUGGAUCAGGAAGCAAUAAUGGCUCCCCAAGUGAUGAUGGCUCACCAAGUGAUGAUGGCUCGCCAAGUGAUGACGGGUCAGGAAGCAAUAACGGCUCUCCAAGCGAUGAUGGUUCACCAAGUGACGAUGGCUCGCCAAGUGAUGAUGGAUCAGGAAGCAAUAAUGGCUCCCCAAGCGAUGAUGGCUCACCAAGUGAUGCUGGUUCACCAAGUGAUGAUGGCUCGCCAAGUGAUGAUGGAUCAGGAAGCAAUAAUGGCUCCCCAAGUGAUGAUGGCUCACCAAGUGAUGAUGGCUCUCCAAGUGAUGAUGGUUCACCAAGUGACGACGGGUCGCCAAGUGAUGAUGGAUCAGGAAGCAAUAAUGGCUCCCCAAGUGAUGAUGGGUCACCAAGUGAUGAUGGUUCACCAAGUGACGACGGCUCGCCAAGUGAUGAUGGAUCAGGAAGCAAUAAUGGCUCUCCAAGUGACGAUGGUUCGCCAAGUGAUGAUGGUUCACCAAGUGAUGAUGGCUCGCCAAGUGAUGACGGGUCAGGAAGCGAUAACGGCUCUCCAAGUGAUGAUGGUUCACCAAGUGAUGAUGGUUCGCCAAGUGAUGAUGGAUCAGGAAGCAAUAAUGGCUCCCCAAGCGAUGAUGGCUCUCCAAGCGAUGAUGGUUCACCAAGUGAUGAUGGAUCGCCAAGUGAUGAUGGGUCAGGAAGCGAUAACGGCUCCCCAAGCGAUGAUGGCUCACCAAGUGACGAUGGUUCACCAAGUGAUGAUGGUUCACCAAGUGACGACGGCUCGCCAAGUGAUGAUGGAUCAGGAAGCAAUAGUGGCUCCCCAAGUGACGAUGGUUCACCAAGUGAUGACGGCUCGCCAAGUGACGAUGGUUCACCAAGUGACGAUGGAUCAGGAAGCGAUAACGGCUCACCAAGUGACGACGGCUCGCCAAGUGAUGAUGGGUCAGGAAGCGACAAUGGCUCCCCAAGUGACGAUGGAUCAGGAAGUGAUGACGGAUCUGGUUCGUCGAGUGAUGGCGACGAACCUCCCAAACCUAAAUGCAUCUACAAGCACGGCAAGAAAUUCUGUGCGUUUGGUGACCUGAAGGAGGAUCUGAAGAAGUCUCUUUGGCAAUGGAUCUGUGAUCAUCUGGACAACUGGUGGGCCAAAUAUUGGUGA